UAAAAAUCCGAACGCAGUGCAUGCAGUGCAUGUAACCAUGCCGCUCUUUUCCCCUCUCCCCGGCCUCACCCCGGGCGGCAGUGGCCGCCUCCCACCGCCAUGGCGCCCCUGCCGCGGGCGCACGCUCCGGCACCUCUAACCCGGGAAGCGGAAGGGAUCCAGGAACCCGCUGAGGGGUCGUGACGUGCCUCGUGGCUCUCCCCGCGCGGUCUCGUCCCUCCCUGCGGCGCCGAGUAUAGCCAGCUGCAAGGAAAAGCACCUCGGACAGCCCUAGCCUGUACGCUAAGCACACAUCGGGGUGGGACAGCAUCAGCAGCCUCCAGAGGAGAACAUUUUAACUCACAGCAGUUUAAGAGCUUUGCUACUGUGGGAAAAGCAUGACUGCAUCAUGACUGUAACCGGUAAUUCCUCCCUGUCACAACGGAGGGCUGUGCAUGUGCCACAUUCAGCUCUGCCAGCGCUUACGGUCCUUCCACUCACCGUUCCAUUAUUAAGAACAUGGUGCUGCAGUCCUCAUUCAAGAGCUGCCUGCCGCUGUCUUGCCUCCUCAGGACUCCCAGAGCUGGCUUCGGAGGCACAGCUAGGGGGGGGCUCAUCAUCCAGUCUGUGUCUAAUGAUGUUUACCAAAAUCUAGCAGUGGAAGACUGGAUCCAUGACCACAUGAAUUUGGAGAACCAGCAGGUCCUUUUCCUGUGGAGAAAUUCCCCAGCUGUGGUAAUAGGAAGACACCAAAAUCCCUGGCAGGAGUGUAACCUCCAGCUGAUGAGGCAAAAGAACAUAAAGCUAGCCCGGAGGAGGAGCGGGGGAGGGACGGUGUACCAUGACUUAGGCAAUAUCAAUUUGACUUUCUUCACAACCAGGAAAAAAUAUGAGCGAAUGGAAAACUUGAAACUAGUUGUGAAGGCACUGAAAGCCUUGCGGCCGCAGCUAGAUAUCCAUGUCACUGACAGGUAUGACAUCUUGCUAGAUGGGCAGUACAAGAUCUCAGGUACUGCUGCAAAGCUGGGACGGACAACUGCUUAUCACCACUGUACCUUACUCUGUAAUGCUGAUAAAUUUGUUUUAUCUUCUGUACUGAAGAGUCCUUAUAAAGGACUGAAAAGCAAUGCCACUCCCAGUGUGCCUGCCUCGGUGAAAAACCUCUUCGAAGAGGAUCCUAGUUUAACUUGUGAGAUGCUGCUGGAUGCCAUUGCUGAAGAAUAUGCCGCACAGCACCAAAUAGAUCAUCACAUCACCUUAAUAAAUCCAACUGAUGAGACUGUGCUUCCUGGAAUCAAUGAUAAAUCUAAAGAACUACAAACCUGGGAAUGGGUGUAUGGAAAGACACCGAAGUUCAGCGUUAGCACGUGUUUUAACAUGAUCUAUAAAGAUUCUGUUCUUGAUGUUAAAGUGGACAUGGAUGUAAAGCAUGGAAGAAUUGAAGCCUGUGACAUCAAUCUGCCGCAGCAAUGGCUUCCUCCAGCACUGUGCAGUGAGCUGGUGAAGAGCCUUACAGGCAGUAAGUUUUGCCCAAAUGAAACGACUGCACUGUCAAGCACAUUGCUAAGAAUAUAUCCGCAAGAUUAUGAGUUGCACAGCAAGUGGAAUCUGUUAUGUGAGAAUAUGACAAUGUUAAUGUGAUUUGUGUUGUGAAAUUGUUAGUUAAACUUCUGCUUUUUUAGGCUAUUUAUUAAAAACAAAAUUAAAGGAUUAAUUUCUACAA